CGUCACUGCGCGGCGGGCCGCAUGACGUAGCUGCGACCCGCCUUCCUGAAGAGAGCUCCAGUGGCUGACCAUGGCGACCGCUGCGGAGUAUUGGGUUCUGGUGGAGAUGGUGCAGGCGCUUUACAAGGCUCCUGCUUACCACCUUAUUUUGGAAGGCAUUCUAAUUCUCUGGAUAAUCAGACUUCUGUUCUCUAAAACGUACAGAUUACAAGAACGAUCUGAUCUUAUAGUCAAGGAAAAGGAAAAAUUGAUUGAAGAGUGGCAGCCAGAACCUCUUGUUCCUCCCAUCUCGAAAGACCGUCCUGCUCUCAACUACAACGUCGUUUCAGGGCCCCCACAACAUGUGGUGAAUGGAAAGAAAUGUGUCAACUUUGCCUCCUUUAAUUUCCUGGGAUUGUUGGAUAACGCUCGGGUCAAGGUGGCAGUUUUGGCAUCUCUGAAGUAUGGUGUGGGGACUAGCAGACCUAGAGGAUUCUAUGGCACGUUUGAUGUGUACUUGGAUUUGGAAGACUGCCUGGCAAAAUUCAUGAAGACAGAAGAAGCCAUCAUCUGCUCCUACGGGUUUGCCACCAUAGCCAGUGCAAUCCCUUACUCCAAGAGAGGCGACAUUAUGUUUGUAGACAGAGCUGCCUGCUUUGCCAUCCAGAAAGGAUUGCAGGCAUCACGGAGUGACAGUAAGUUAUUUAAGCAUAAUGACAUGGCCGACCUGGGGUACCUGGUGAAGGAAUAAGAGAUGGAAGAUCAAAAGAAUCCUCGCAAGGCUCGGGUCACCCGACGUUUCAUCGUCAUGGAAGAGCUAUAUAUGAAAACUGGGGCUCUCUGUCCUCUCCCACAACUGUUUUCAGAGAGUUCCUGCAAGAUUUGGAAGAGGUUCAUGACCUGUUCUCCCUUCUGCAAAGCCACCUGGCAAGGCUCUCUGACCCAGGGGCUUUCACCAGCUCUUACGGCAAGCAGCCCCUGGACAGGUGCACUGAGGACUGUCAGUUGGAGCCCGUCAGCCAUGCAGGGAGCCUGUGGAAGAUGCUUCUCCCGCCAUGGCCUCAUCAUCUGCCCAUGCUCCACCGACGGGGCCCUCUUGGCCUCCUGCUUCCACCCUGCCAGCAGGACCAAUGACCUCAAUUUCUGUUGGUUUACACUCCUCCCUGAGUACUUCCUGGCUAGCAGAGCCUUUCCUCCGCCUGGAUGGCUUUCACACCAGCCACUUGCUCUUCCCCCUUCCCCGCCAUGUCUCCGUUCUUCGGAGGCCUCUCCUUGGCCCCAGAGCAGCCGGACUCUCCUUUGACUCUCCCUCAGUGUGACUCAAGGGCAGCCCCUCCGUGCCAUAUCCCACAGAGCUCAGCUCCACACACACCUUGGUCAGCUGACAGGACAGCUUCUCCUGUUCCAGCCAUCUUGGGUGUGGGCCGCUCGCACUGCCCCAUUUUGUCCCUGUCCUGGUGGCAGGCGGCUGCGAAAGCCUGGAGCCUGUGCACCUCAACACACUUGGAGUCCCAUCAAGUGCCUCUGUCCCAUGGCCCACCAGAGGCCUUGUUCUGGGGAGACCCCACACAGACACACACAGGUUUUGAAUGUUGGCAGUUGACAUGUAAGACUGUGUCUUCUGGCCUAGGGAGACAAAGGGAGAGACUAGAUUCCCACCCACCCCCAUCAGCCCAGACUUCCAGAAGUAUUUGGAGAUACUUAUGCCAAGAGAACACAACUGAAGUUUUGGAAGGAGAAGGAGAAGAAGGAAAGGUCAAACUACCAGCUGACCUCUUUUGGGAGAAUGUUGGAAGUCCCCAGGUGACAGGCAGGGCACCAUGGUUUGCCAUCCUUCUGGAGCAUGAGGGACAAAGCAAAAUAGCUGCUUGGUCCUGAGAAACCCCCACAUCCCAAGAUUCCAGGGGACAAUUUGGAGCAGAAAUGCAGCCAGCUCUUCUGGGGUGUCCCCUUUCUGCACAGCGAGUCCCUGGUGGCCACUGUCAGGGUGACUGAUACUCAAUUGGAGUUCCUGUCCAUCAUAUUCUAUGAGCUCUCUCAUGCCUUGCUGCUCCAGAUUCAGGCCAUUGUGGCUCCCCACCUCUCACUGACCCAGGACAUACAUGACACUUCGGCCCCGCCCCAAUCCUUGACUCUGAGCUUGUCCCUGUCCUAGUCCCUGUGUCUGGCUAGGCCCCAGCCCCUGCCCGCACCCCCCUCCCCCAUCAGCCCCAGCCACUCCCUCUGGACCAGGCCCAGCUCUGGCCUCUAGCUCAGUCCCAUCCCAGGCUCGCCUUGCACCCUUUGUCCCUGUGGGACCGCCUUCUCUGCCACUGGAGAUGGGAACUUGUGAGGUGUCUUGCCCUGUAGCCCAGAAGAUACAGUCUUUACAUGUCAACUGCCAUUCAAAACCUGGAAUGUCACUUUCUAAAGAAGCAACUAGAAAGCAGCAAGGUGCCCGCUGUGGUGAAAAAAUCUCAGGAAGUCUUUUUAGCCCAGGUCCUCCAGACCUUCCCCAGGGUGGCCAUGCCCCUAAAGGCCAAGGGUCCACCUCUGUGCCUCUUGGGGACUUGAUGGAUUCUGCACUCUGGGGGCAACUGGAGUAGCACCUUUGAAAGAGGUUCAUGAAGCAAGAAAGGGGCCCGCCUCACGGGAUCCAGCUAUCCCUGAAGACACAGCCUCAUCACAAGUUCCAGAAGGUGCCUCAGGCACACGGCUGGCACAGUCCCACGUCCGAAUCUGAGUCUACGGAUGGAAGCUGCCAGGCCACACAGAAGACUGGGUCCAAGUAGCCAGGAAGGAUCAUGCCAGGAAAAAGCCUGGGCAAGGAUUCAAGAUCCCGUGCAGGGAGGAUCUGGAAAGAUCUACCCGGGUGCAAUGAUCUCUCCAGGGAAGGCUCCAGGAAUAAAUCCUGAGAAGUCAGACACAGACCUGAAGCCCUCCACAAGCAGCACAGAUGAGAAUCGCCUAGAGAGGGAUCUGAGAGCUCAUUUCAGGAAGUUGGGGCAGUUCAGAGAGGGUCGGAUCCCUUUGGAUGUUCAUCCUUCCCAGCUCACUGCCCACCACUUCUUUUACCUUCCCGGAAACCUGGAAAGCCAGCACUUUCCAAGGUUUGGGAACCCUGCAUGACCACCUCCCAGGAUUUUUCCAUCCUCAGCCCAUACAUUCAGUGGAUGCUAGAAGCACAUAUCAUAAGGCUUGGGGUGAAGCACCGGUGGGGCCUCCCCCUCAAGGUUCUCAAGCCUAUAAACCUCUUCAAGUUGAAGAAGGGCUUCUUCCUCUCCCGGUCCUCCCCUCCCUGCUCAGCCACCUGUGUAUCCAACGCCAACUUUGGGCCUAAGUUCAGGGGAAAUCCUCCUCAGUCCUAUCAAGGAGGGGUGACGAAGAAUCUUAUCCCACUUGGUGGUCCCCAGCCUACGUGUGAGGAAGUCCAGCAGGCUCUGGCAGGGAACUCACUGGUAGCCCUCCAACUGGACAGGGGGGCAGGCCACCUUCUUGAACUUUCACAUACAGCUUUGUGGGCAGCAUCUGGCACAGUGAGACUGCCUCGAGGACUCUUACGAAUAGCACCUUGGCGUCAAGUCCAAGUCCAGGAACAGCUACGAAGGAGCAGGGAGGGUUAAUAGGGGUCGGGUCUCAUGGGACGUGACAGUGCUAGAGCUUAACUUAACAUCCCAGGAUUUGAGUGCCAAAGAGCCUGGGAGGCUGGGAAGAUUGAAGAGACCCCUGCCUGGGGAGUCACCUUAUAACCCUGUGUGCUGACCAACAACCAAGGCCUCCAUGGUGAGCUGAGAUCAGGGUCUUCAAGAGUUGUUUGCCUGAGACCCAGAAGAGCUACUGCUUGAGGCACGGCAUAGGGAAUUGGAGCCCUGGAAGUUAAUGGGGUCAGAGAAUUGACCCUCACCAUGUGCUCCUUCAAGACUGAAACUGGAGUCCUUCUUCAGGACUCUGCCACUGAGAGUCUCCUUCAAGACUAUCAGUCCAAUGUGUUCCUUGCUGCCAACGUCUUGGCUUCUCAGGAAUCUGUCUGGCUUCCAGAGUGGGUCCAGUGAAAACACAUCUACUUCCCAGGUGCUGCAUGGCCAAAGAUCCUAUGGCCAGAGCCCCCACAGGCAGCCAGGACCCCUGGGACUGCGGCACCAAUGUAAGAGCCUGUGUAGGUCAUGCAUUCCCCCCCUCUCCUGGCGAGGAGAGAGCUAGCUCCAGGAGGUCCCCCUUGAGAGAGCCUGCAAAAGAGUUGUCAUAACUGAUGGUCCUCCAGAUCAGUGAGGCGAGACAAUGCAUCCAGAGCAAGGAGUCAGCAGAGGCCUCAGGAAGCAAAAUCUGUGAGAUCUUGCUGAAGAAGGAGUAAGGCUCCUCCAGAAAACUACUUCAGGAGAAGGAUGAAACACUUGCUACAGUGGUUCUUUCUCAGUAGAGGAAAAGACUGGAAGACUCCCUUCAAAAGGGCAAGGCUUCAUCAUCCCAGGGCCAGGGACAAGUCCUGUGCAGCUCAGCAAUAGACAUCGCUUCUGCGGAAUCUCAUGUGGUUGUAACCAUUGUGGGGCCCAUCCUAGAGGAGAAAAUGGUGCCUCACCAGGGGCUCAGGGCCCCGGUAUUCAGCUGGUGCAAAAACGAUCUCUAGGCUUUGGCAGACCUCAAUGUCUGCUACUACCAAUAGAAGAGAAGAGUGAUGAGGGAGACAGCCAGGACAUAGGGCAUCCCCAGGAACCGCAGCUAUGCCAAUAAGACCGAGUUAAUCAGGUGGCCCUUCCCCACCAGUGUGCUGGAGUGCCCAGGCAGUCCCUGCCAGUACAGGUCCCUGCUGCUGAGCCCUUCAGGCUGUACCCAGCACUCCCACUGCCCCAGGCACUGCCUCCUUCAAAGACACAUCUCAUCUGGCCAGCCACUUUGUGCUUCUCACACCUUUCUUGGGAGGACAACUUUUCUCCAAGGAAAAAUGCAAACGAUGCAAAGAAAAACUCUUUUUUCUCACA